AGGAAGAAAUUUAAGCAAAAAUCAGUCUGCUCUAUGUAUCGUCCACUAAUAAACAGGAUAGGCAGCGCUACAAAAACUGGAUUAAUAUUGUACCUAUACACAUAAGUACAGGUAAGAUCAGUAUAAUUAACUACCCCUUCUAAUACUUUCACCCACCCUUCCCUCGCGCCUCGUCCAUUGAUGGUGGUUACUAAACACUAGUUGCCUUGGUUACGAAAGCCUACCCCAUUCUUUCUUGGCCACUGGGCAAAGACGAAUAACUAACUUAGAACUUAUGAAAUAUUUGUUUAAAUAUUGUUUUGUUUUCAUAGACGGAUAAUCUAGAACAAGACCAUUACAAGAUUAUCGGUAGAUCUAGCACAUGUAGACUCUGACCUUGUGUGUAAGUUAUCGAUUUACUUUGGAGUGCAAAUCCAUCAACAUGUCUCACUUUGCCACUCCAUUUAUAGUGGUAAAUCUUGGAUGUGAAAUGAUUUAUGUGGUCGAACAGAGAUUAAAAGCUCAAGAUAUAGCCCCUGAUAAAUCCGACCGAGUGCUUACAGACAUAACCACAGUGCUUCUUCAUCCCAAACUACUGGACGAAUUGUUUGUUCCACAACCUGUGGCUACCCACGCCGUCAUCAAGCAAUUACUACGAGAGAUUUCCGCCACCUCCAUCAUGAAACUAGACGACUAUUCAAUGAGCAAACUAUGGGAUUUGAUGACUAUGAUUUUUAAAUGGCAGAUGUCUAUAACGACGAACCAAAAUAUGUUCGACAUCACACAACGACACUUGAAAAAUGUUUCGUUGUUAUUACCGCAAUAUUUUCCGAAACCGAUCAUCGAGCAAGCGAUGAGGAGGUUUGAGGCACUGUCUCAACAGUUCUCCGAUGCCGACUACAACUGCCUCCGCAACACCAUGAUAUUAUGGUUUUCGGAAUACCAUACAAAAAUAUCGGUGCUACUGCGAUUAGGCCUGCAGAGGAAAGACGGCACUUUCAACUUACCAGCUUCUAUAAAUCCACGAAUUUUAGAAAAUCUAGGCGAAAAUAUCUACAAAUAUGAUAACAAGAAGAAUCCAGUUGAGGAGUACGCUAGUAAAUGUACCGACACCCAGGAAAUAAGUUGUCUUCUAGCCGCCAUAGAGAGCGUAGCUACUGACAAAAAAGUUAUAGAACUACAGCUUCCUAUUGAGCUGGGAAAUUCUAAGAAAAAAGUAUUGGAGAUUAGCAGGAACACCCAGUUCGCGAACAUCAGUACGAGUGUGAAAGCCAGAAAUAGCGAUCUCACGUUCACUCCUGAAAUAACAAAGUCUCCACAGGAAGACCUCUUAGAUUUAUUAGAUAAAGAAAUUGAAUAAACAUUUAAACUACUAAAAACUAUACCCUUUUCGUCUGAUCCUUUAAAAACGUCUGUACGAUUGUUUUAUCUGGUCGUAAAGCACCAAAUUCUUUAAUUUAGAGGUUUUAAAACCUUACCUUUAAA